AUGACGCAACAAUCCUGUCCGUCCAGCUCAAACAGCGACGCAAGCGACGGGUGUGAGAAGAUGAAGAGCGGCAAGCUCGACGAUCGACUCAAGGUCUUCGCUGCAAUCCCCCGCAAAAAAACAAAUAAAAGAAUUGAGAUAAUUAAGGCAAUAUUCCUAGACCUGCCUGAUGUGUGCUUGGCGAUCCCUGAAAUUCAGCAGCACACUUGUGCUAACGACACUCUUACUGUUAUUCAGCCACCACUGUAUGUGGUCGGGCGUCAACUGCAGCAGAAGGCACACCCAGGGCGCGUUACGGUGUUGGACCUGCAGGAUAUGAGCUUGGCAGGCCAAAUCACUCCCUCUCUUGGAAACCUAACCUCUCUUAGAAAACUUACGCUAGAUUCAAAUCGCUUGUCUGGACAAUUGCCCCCUCUCAACCGUCUUACAAGAUUAGAGGAGCUUUCUCUAGGCACCAACUUGCUGCAGGGGGACAUUCCAGAUGCACUUACAAACUGUAGCAAACUCAAGUCGCUAAACCUCGCUCUUAACAUGCUAGUGGGUUCAAUUCCCGAAAACAUAGGUUUCCUCACCAAUCUAGUAGUUAUGGACCUUUCCGGAAAUAAUUUGUCAGGAAUCAUUCCCCAAACCUUCAGCAACAUAAGUCGUUUAAGAGAAAUGUCACUUGCAGACAACCUGCUCGUGGGAAGCAUUCCUAAAGAGCUUGGGCAAUUGACAGAUAUUUCGAUUGUGUUCCUUGGUGGAAACAGCCUAUCAAGUAGCGUUCCUGCGACACUGUUUAAUCUGUCCUACCUUCAAAUACUAGACUUGGAUACAAAUAUGUUAAGUGGCACACUGCCAUCUGACGUUGGUCAUAUGCUCCCUAACCUCCAAUUUCUUUUCUUGGGUGAAAACAAGCUUGACGGCCACAUCCCAGAUUCAUUAGGCAAUGCUUCAGAGCUGGGCCAGAGGCCAGGGGUGCGCCUCCAUUUCCAAAAAAAAGGACUCCUGCUGACUUCUAUUGGUAACCUAUCCAUCAAGCUUCAACAACUAAAUUUAGGCCAAAACAACUUGUUCAGGACAGUUCCACCGACAAUAGGGAAAUAUCGUAACCUAUUUAAACUGACACUGAGCUACAAUAAUCUUACAGGCACAAUUGAAAAAUGGGUUGGGACUCUAAAGAACCUACAAGGUUUAUAUCUUGAAGGAAAUACCUUUGUUGGAUCAAUACCAAACUCCCUUGGCAAUCUGAACAAGUUAACAUCCCUCUAUCUUUCCAAAAAUCAGUUUGAUGGUCUUAUGCCAGCCAACCUAGGAAAUUUGUCACAACUCACACAGUUGGAUCUUAGUUACAACAAUAUCCAAGGCAACAUACCUCUACAGAUUUCUAGGCUUAAACAACUCAUGGAACUACACCUUUCAUCGAACAAGCGUACUGGGGAAAUACCUAGUAAUUUGGAUCAAUGUGACAAUUUGAUAACUAUCCAGAUCGACCAGAACAUGCUAAUAGGGGAAAUCCCAACAUCUUUUGGCAAUCUAAUAGCCUUGAACGUGCUUAAUCUUUCUCAGAAUAACUUGUCGGGCACCGUCCCAGCAACUCUAAGUGACUUACAACUCCUCAGUAAGUUGGAUCUUUCUCACAAUCAUCUGCAUGGGGAAAUUCCGAGAAAUGGAGUUUACAUAAAUGCCACUUGCAUUUAUCUUGAAGGCAAUUGGGGACUGUGUGGAGGGGUGGCAGAUCUCCAAAUGCCGUUAUGUUCUGCUAUUUCUCAGAGAUCAGAGACAGAGUACUAUUUGGUCAGAAUAUUGGUUCCAAUACUUGGCUUCACUUCACUCAUAAUGCUGGCUUACAUUAUAAUCCUUGGGAAGAAUACAUCACGUAGAACAUAUGUAUCGUUUCUCUCAUUUGGUAAGAAAUUCCCAAGAGUUUCUUACAGUGAUCUAAAUCGAGCAACGGGGAACUUCUCAAAGGCAAACAUAAUUGGAAAAGGAAGCUAUGGUACAGUAUACAGAGGAAAGUUAACUCAAGCUAAGAUACAAGUAGCCAUCAAUGUUUUUAACCUUGAUAUGAAAUGCGCAGACAAAAGUUUUGUAACAGAAUGUGAGGUUUUAAGAAGCAUCCGACAUCGAAUCCUUGUACCUAUCCUAACUGCAUGUUCAACGAUAGACAACAAUGGUGACGCUUUCAAAGCUCUAGUCUAUGAAUUCAUGCCUAACGGGAAUUUGGACACAUGGCUGCACAACCGAUUUUUGGGUAGUUCAGCAAAACAGCUGAGCUUAGCUCAAAGAGCAAGCGUAGCUGUUGGGAUAGCCGAUGCAUUGGCUUAUUUACACCAUCAUUACCAGAAUUUGAUACGUUGCCGACGGCCCAUGACCGUCGGCAUAGGGCCAAAAGCCGUCAGCAAAGGGUUACGCCGACGACCCCCGUCAGCAUAGCCCCGUCGGCAACUCGUUUUCCACCUGACGGACGUUGACGGCGCCGCCAUGAAAGGUUUGCCAAUAACACACUGACACGUGGCAGCUUUUGGGCGAC